GACCCGGAGCGAUUUGAACGCCGCGCCACAGCUACCAUCACAACAGCUAUACAAGGAAGACACAAACCGAUAAUGUCGUCCGUAUUACUUUAAAACGAGACAUUUAAGCCACCAACAGUUGAUUUAAAGCUACAUCUACAAUCGGAGUCAUGCUGAACUUUCUGGGUCUUCGUAAAGACCCCAAGAAGACGACCCCCGAGAAGGAGACGGACGGGGGGUUCGUGAUAGUCGGGGAGACGGUCGGGGAGGAGAGCUGGAGGAUGCAGAGGGCCUACGGGUCCCACCCGUCCACCAACGUGGUGGUGCAGUCGUCUCAGUACCCUCAGCUGUACCCCCACCUGGCGGACCACAGGAGGCCGGCCCCAGCCGUGCCCACCGUGGCGGCGGCGGCAGCAGCAGCAGUAGCCCCAGCCCCUGCUCCCACAGACCUCAACGUGUCCGUGCCUGACUUCCUUGGAGACGUCCCCUUCACCCUGGCCCCCCACAUCCUGGCCAUGCAGGGGGGGUUCCCCCUGAACUCUGACCUGAACCUGUCCCGGGACGUGAACUACAACCUGACCAGUUUCAACUACGACUUCACCCUGGAGAACUCUGUGCUGUGUGACCUGUGAGGCCCCGCCCUGGGGGGUCUACUGCUGGCUCUUCUGGCCUCCCCUCUGGUCAGAGACGAUGUAGCAUAGGAAAGAGGAGGAGGGGUGAGGGGGGGUGGGUGGAGGUCAGGCUACACCAAGCAGACACAUAUUGCGUACAGUUGGACAGGAUGUGGGUGGGACAGCUCAACAUGCCUGAGCGACUGUAGGGUGUCAAAACGACGAUUGGACUUUUCUGAUUCCAAGCUUCAUCGUUUACAGAGCGUUUAUUAUAAAGAUACUGACAAGUGUCAGUGCUUUGGUUAAGUUAUAUUUGUUCAUUUUCCCAUUUCAGAGAGAAAAAGUUCAAGAACUUCAUUCAUCUAAUGCCAUAUCUGGUCCUCCCUAAUUAGGCAACACUGUAACAUCCAGGGGUAGUGGAUAUAAUACAAAUUCAUGUACUGUAUGCACUUAAAAUGGGGUCUUUCAUCAGCCAUGGGGACAGUCCUGACCCCGAGGUUAGAUGCAGUUUCUUUUGACAAUAUGUUGGGUGGCCAUUGCCAUAGCAGCCUACAUUGGCCCUUACUGAACACUGAGCAGGAUGCUGUCGGUGUUCCAUGCUGAUUACAGGUCAACUGUAUACAUUUUGAGCAAUAGAAGAAAAUGGCCUCCCUGUAGGUUAAUCCAAUGAGGAUGUUAGAAGGCCAUCCUGGCUUGUUUUAUUGUUAUGUAGCCACAGCUUACGUUGAUGAUUGUAUUUUGGUCUCAGAAAUGCCUGCUGUUAAGGACAUACCAAAAAUAAACAAUCCUUAUGUCCUAGUAGUAGUUAUACUUGAUAGUAUUACAGCUUUAUAUCUUUUUGUCUAUGGGUUUUGCCAAGUUAAUUUAAUGAUUCAGGUUACGGUGAUAUUGGUAUUCAUGUACCAAUAUUUCUCUCUAAUUAUGAAGCAAUGUGUAAAUCCACACAUUUCUGUAUGUUCAUUGGUUUUAUUUGUGCUCUUUUUGUACCUGUUUAUGAACAGAUUUAGCUUGGUUAGUAUGCAUUCACUUUGGAACUUGCUGUGCCUUCUUCAUGUAAAUACGAUCUAAAUUUCUUCUAAUUUCUUCGUCUACUUCAAAAGCAAAGACUAUAUUUCGGAUUUUUUUGUUUUUAUUAAAAUGUUUUAA